AUGACAUACCACUCUAAGUUUACCUCUUGCCCGAGGCGUGUUGGUAAUAUGGCGAUUUUGCCUCUGCGCACGAAAGUGCGUGGUCCUGCACCACAGGAUCCUAAUUUGGCCGAAGACAUAAUCGAUGAAGCUCUUCUUUACUUUAAACCACUCACCUUCUUUAGACAAUAUGAAUUCAAGAGUGAUGCUGAUCGUGUACUUGUGUAUUUAGUUCUCUACAUUCUGGAAUGCUUAAAAAAGCUCCAGCGAUGUCCGACCAAGUCUCAUGGAUCUAAGGAGUUGACUUCUUUGUCGUUGGCUCGUUUUGAUUUACCUGGCGACCCUGGCUUCCCCCGGGAACUCAGCAAUUUGUAUACGAAGCCCUCGAUGGCUGAUGCCAAUUUAAUGCGUGAAUACAUUGCUCAACUGCGCACUGAGUUGGGCAUCCGCUUACUUGAUAGGGUUUAUGUUGACGAUCAAGCGCAACCCAGUAAGUGGUGGCUAUGCUUUGCAAAACGAAAGUUCCUUGAUCAAAGUCUGUCGGCACCCGGAUCAUUCUAA